AUGCAAAAAAAAGCCUGUGGUUUUUCUAGACUUGAAUUGAUAUUAAAAAGCAUGGUAAAAUUCCUUUGUUGUCGACACUGGGACUUCCCAAGCGGUCCCCCACCUUAGUACUAACCCAGCCUUAAGGCGCUUAACUUCGGAGUUCGAAUGGGAUCCGGUGUUUUCACCUUAGUAUGGCCGACAACAAAAUUAAUAUCAUUUAAUAACUAUUUAUGA